AUGUCUCCUUCAAUCUUAAUCUUUCUCUUUUUCAUCCUUUCAACCCUAUCAAUCCUGUCAUCCAUGGCUACUUUGCACGAUCUUCAUCAUCCCCAUCCCAUAAUUAUACCCCCUAAAUACAACCGCCCAAACAAAAUUUCAAUGUUUGAUUCAAUAUACCAAUUCGGCGACUCCAUUAGCGACACGGGUAAUCUCGUCAUCGAAAACCCAAUUGGGGCUACUAACUUUGCAAACUACCCUUAUGGUCAGACCAUUCAUCAUCCUACCGGAAGAUGUUCUGAUGGUCUUUUGAUGAUUGAUUUCUUCGCUCAAUACUUUAAUGUUCCUUUACUUAUGCCCUUCCUUAACAAACAAGCCCGAUUUCACCAAGGGGUUAACUUCGCCGUCGCUGGAUCCACCGCCUUAGACAGUGCUUCUUUGCUUUCGAAGGGGGUUUUCUCACCGGUCACAAACAGUUCUUUGUCUGUUCAGUUAAAGUGGUUCCACUCUUAUCUUGAUUCUGUCUGUUCUAAUACCACAUCCCAAUCCCAAUGCGAGAAAAAGAUGCAGAGAUCUCUGUUUUUGAUCGAAACAGGGGGUAACGACUAUAACUACGCUCUCCUACAGAACAAAACAGUUGAAGAAGUAAAGAUGAAUAUGGUUCCUGAAGUAGUGGGUGCAAUCAAAAAGGCUGUAAUACAAAUAAUCAAUCAAACCCACGCAAAUCAUAUAAUAGUCCCUGGAAACUUCCCCAUCGGGUGUUUACCGAUCUAUCUGUCUUCUUUUCAAUCAAAAGAUCAAACACAAUACGAUGAACUGGGAUGCUUAAAGGGUCUAAAUGGGUUCGCAAAGGUUCAUAAUAAGGCGCUACAAGAAGCAAUUAAAGAGAUAAAAGAGGAGUAUCCAAGAAGUAAAGUGGUGUAUGGAGAUUACUACAAUGCUUUGUCUUCGGUUCUGAGGGAUGCAGUUGCACUGGGUUUUGAUGGACAGAAUGUGCAUAAUGCAUGCUGUGGUGCCGCAGAUCAUCCAAAUCAUUUCUAUUUGAUGAAAAUGUGCGGAAGCGAAGACGCAUCAGUUUGUUCGAAUCCAGCUCGUUAUAUUAGUUGGGACGGAAUUCACUUCACACAACAAGCUUAUUCACUCAUGUCGGAUUACUUGCUGCAUCAAAUUCUUCCUUCCUUCCUUCCAUAUUUAGAUUAG